AUGGCUGUCACCACAGUUUUCAACCUGUUUUCCGGUUUGACAUCCUGCCUCAGGAAGAUAAUCCUGUUUCUCAGAAGUACUCUGCUGGGAAUUACUCUUUUCAGCAUCCUCUGGACAGAAACUACUCUGGCUGGCUCUAGUUUUUUAAGCCCUGAAUAUAAAAAACACAGACUACAACAAAAGGAUCCAAAAAAACCCACAGCACCAUUACAUCAUCGAAGCACAGAAGGCUUUUGGGAUACAGAUGAAGCAGGGGCAAAAGAUGACAGAAACAGUAUUGAAAUUAAGGUUUGUAUUUAUUCUUCUUGCUCACAUACAAGUUCAAGAGGUGAGGUUGGGUAACACAAUUUCUGUCACAGGAGUCAGUACAAAUUAAAGCUACAAUCAUAUUUAACUUGAAACACAAAUAAGAAAGGGCACGUGAAAACUGCCAGUAUUGAUGGUAUGAAAUGAUUUCAAAUUAGCUGCAGUAAGUCAGAUCACAAUUUCCUAUUUAGGAUUCACUUACAUUUCAGAACUAACAUAUAAUAAUGCAAGUUUCUUGUAAAGUUUUCUUUCCUCCAGUUUAUUGUGCAGUUUGGUUUGCAGUAGCUAUACCCCGUUUCUGAGAUUUUGAUUACGUGCCUCAGCACUAAUGAGUGAAUAGAUGGAAUAACUUUUUGUACCUCUUGCUUAUCAUCAUUCCCAUGAAUAAAAUGAACUUGCAGUGUCUUUGUCCAGAGCUUGUCUGUUAAACUGCCUUUUAAUGUUUUUAUAGUUUAAUGUUCUCUUUGAAAUCAGUGUCCCGAUAACAGAAGAGUAUAAAAAAAAAAUCUUUUUUUCCCCUUUUGCCCUCAAAUCCCAGCAUUUCCUUGUUUUCUCAGCUAAGACCUUCACAAUUUUCAUAGUGAAAAGUAUUAAAAACAUUAUUGUAACUAAGAUAGUUCUAGCAGAUUCACUGAUAACUAAAGUUCUAAUGACCAACUCCCUCCACAAGCUGUUUUUUCACCUUUACAGCCAGCCUGUCAUACAUUAUUUGCACUCACCCAUGUUAAACUGAUCUUUAUGAAUCUUCUGUUUUAAUAUUUAUGUCAGACUUAACAUCUGCAUUACACAUCCCAACUACAAAUUGCUUCAUGCUUCCACUUUCACCCUGCUUUUCAGGCUCCUAAGACUUCCCCCAAGCUCCUCUCUGCAUUGUCCUCCGAAUCCUUCUGAAGGGCUACUUCUAUGGCCAUUCCACAAAUAAGACAGUCUUACGCAUGUGUGCCCUUAUAGAAUGCACCUAUGUGAAAGCCACCUUAUCUUCUGUCUUCGGUUGAGCACUUCUAGAAGUUUUAGACAGAUUAUCAAACCAGGAUUUUCAGAAAAAUAUUAUCAAAAUAAUCUUGAAACUCAGAUGAAAAACUGAGGCAAGAUGAAGGACAAAGCACCAGAUGGCCUGAUUUGUUUUAAAUUUUACUUUAAAAUGAAAUUAUUACUGAUUUCACAACUCUAAAGAAGAAGGAAGUAUGUGAACCUGAACAGUUUGCCCUGACAGACUUUGGAAAGGAUUAUCUUUUAAGGAAGAAUACAAGACUUAGAGCCAAAAAUAAUAAAGGGCAAGGUUAAUGACAGCCUGACAUGUAGGCUUAUUUUCUUAUUUUAUCUCUUUUCCUUAGUAAAUAUAGUGAUUAUUUUAAACGAUGUGUUUGAAUGCUAUAUGAAUCCUUUCUAAACUGUGAAAACCUCUUACACUUCCAUACACAUCUAUAAUAGAGAAUAAAGCUUAUGCUGAAACCGCAA